AAAAACAGACGAUAGAGAGGGAAAAUUCAGUUCCGGAACCCGAAGCACGCUUAGUUGGGACUUCGGAGGCUCAGAGCAGUCGUGUAUGGUGGAAAGGUGCUGUAGACAUUAACGAAAUGAGUGAAGAAGGAGAAGGUCCAAAGCUCUACGCCAACAAGCCUCGAAAAGAGCAACUGAAGCAAGCUCGAGAGCAACAAAAAGCGAAGGCGUUCUCCUCGCCAAUGUCGUCGUCUUCGUCCUCUGCGAUGGGGACCCAGCAGCAGCAGCAGCAGCCGCCGCCGCCCAAGGAAUCGUUUGUUCGUCGUUACAAAUUUGUCUUGCCCAUGAUUUUGGCCGUAAAUCUUGCCGUCGGAGGUCAUUUUCUUUCGCCCGAAUGGUCAACUGCAAAAAAUUUGUUUUCGA